CCGACUUCCCUCUCUUCCCACGACGUCCUCUAUCAUAAUAACUUCCGCCCUCGGCCUCUCGCGCGGUUGGAAACCCUAGACGGAAAACAUGGGUUUUUCCGUCGAUUCUCGCCGGAGAACCGAGAAAUUCGGCGAAAACUAGAGGCUUAAGAGGAGGAGGAGGAGAAGGAUCGAAUUCUUAGGUCUUAGUCGUCGGACGAUCCGGCGGGACUCGUGGGACGGAGGAAUGUCGCUUAGGAUCAAGGCGGUGGUGGAUAAGUUCGUGAAGGAGCUGACGGAGGCUCUGCAGGCGGACAUCCAGGAUCGGAUCAUGAAGGAGAGGGAGAUGCAGAGCUACAUCGAGGAGAGGGAGCGGGAGGUCGCCGAGCGCGAGGCCGCGUGGAAGGCUGAGCUCUCUCGCCGUGAGGCAGAAAUUGCCCGUCAAGAGGCAAGGCUGAAGAUGGAGAGGGAAAAUCUAGAGAAAGAGAAGAGCGUCCUCAUGGGCACCGCAUCAAAUCAGGACAACCAAGAUGGUGCUCUUGAGAUUACUGUCAGUGGUGAGAAGUACAGGUGCCUUCGAUUCUCCAAGGCAAAAAAAUGAUGUUAUGGACAAAGAAAUUAAGAGAAUAGAAUCUAAUGAGGGAGGCCAGGUUUAGUUGGGUGAUACCCUGGUUGAAUUUGUAGUCGUACAUGGAUCUGCGUGAUUUACAGUUUAUACCACAAUGGCAUUUAUUUGAUUAUUUGUACAGAAA